AGAGCCCUUCUCGGGGCGCGCGGCGAGUUCCCGCGCGCGCCCCCCGCACUCCUUCCGCAGGUGCUUCCCGCAGACGCCCGCCUGCUGUUCGGCCCGGAGCGCGCCCCCGGGGCUCCCGUCCCGGCUCCCCAGCGCCCUCCUCCUGCGUCCCAGUCCCGGCCCACGGAGAUGGUGGGGAGGCGGGGGCUCGCAGGGCAGGAAGGGGGCUGCUGCUGCGGAACGGAGCCGUGGUGGAAGCCCCGCUCGCGGGAGGCUCUUCGUGAAGGUCUGGGCGUAGUCCACGACCGCUCUGUGCUGAAGAGCGGGAGCAACGGUAACAGACCUGCUUGCGAGCUAGCGCAGCACCGUGAGGGCGCCGGCGACUCCGCGGCCGCGCACCUUUGGCCGUGACAUAGAACAGGACCUGCUUUCCCGCGCGCGCCUCCCGAGAUGCGCCGGAGAGAGCCCGAACUGUCGCUAGUAGUGACAGCGCGGGUUGUCGGGCCUGUAACGCUGUGAUUCUUCCCCAGGCACCACACCUGCUGGUGUCCCGAUGGAGCAGCGUGCUGGCCAUCCCAGCGGAGAAGCCAAAGAGGAAAGUAACGCCGUGCCUCUUUGUCCAGCCAAACCCUCCCCUAGCUUUAUUAAUCUUCCAGCAAGUUCCCCACCGGCUGCUUCCCUGAGCAUCCAGAAAACAAAGCCGCCCUCAGUGCACCUCGUCUGCUCUCCCUCAGGAGUUGACCACAAGCCCACGGAAUGCCUGGGACUCCUGGAGUGUAUGUACGCCAAUCUCCAGCUCCAGACCCAGCUCGCCCAACAGCAGAUGGCUAUUUUGGAAAAUUUACAAGCGUCCAUGACACAGCUGGCUCCUGAGCGGGGAAGCAAGAACUCUACUCUCCCAGCCUUAUCCCGCAGCCUGUUGUUAAAUCACCGGCCCAGUCCACUAAAUGAGUCGCCGAACUAAGUCACUGUGUGCGUCUUCUGCUUUCUCCCCGGCAAGCCCUCGGUGGAACCCAGUGUAUAGGAAUCCUGCACAUGGCUGGUUCACAGUCAGCGCUCGCCGGGUGCAAAGCACUGGGCGAGUCACUGGGGAUGCGUGUCACGGGAGACCGUCUUGGGAUAGUUAGCAUCUAACAAGGCAGCUAAGAUAAUCCCUUGCAAAAUGUAGCAGUCCUUGGAGGGGCCUGGAGGGGGGCUGCAGGGGAGGGCGUUUUUAGGGAGGGCAGCUGUACCCAUCUUGGACUCUGUGAAGGGGUGGGCGUGGGGGCAUAGGGAGAUGAAGUAAGGGGGGGUUCAUGUCAGUGGAGGGGCUUGGACAAGGACCUUGAGGUAGGAGAAUAAGUCACUAGAAAUUAGGAGGAGAAGCUUUCCUCCCCAACAGAGGAUGUGAGGGAGAAUGGAGAGAGCUGAGAUCUGACAAGGCAGCUUUCCCCGGGCAAUGGGACUAACCACAGCCUCUAGAAGCUCUGAUUCUAUUGGAGGCACUGAAGAGCCGUUGGAAGCCUUCAGAGAGCAGCAGGGCACGUGUAAGGUCAUGGAAACACCAUGGGCAGGCAUUCUGGGGUGGAAGGGCAAUGGCGCGAAACCUAAAUCAGUUGAUAAUGUAAUCCGAUGUGACACUACUGCUGGCCAGAUGAGGGGGUAGAAACAGACAGGCCAUCUCCUCAAGACGGAGUGGGGGAAGCUGAGCUGUACUGCAGAGAAGGACUGACUCCAGCAGAGAAGGACUGACUACCAGCUUUGAACUUGAAACACCAAGACACGGCACAUAGAAAUUUCUCUGCGGGGAAGUCAGUUUAGUUUUAACGAGGGGUCAGGUCCAGCCAUAAAUUUCCAGUAUUUGAGAAGAGGACACAUGAGCUUAGCUCAGCCACGUGAGCCACACUGGAUCGUCACUUUCACAGAUGCGUUGGCAAAUUACUCUCAAGACUGGUUCCUUUUCCCCAGACGCCUUCUCUUCCUGUGAAAUGCAGGGGGAGAGCUGGGUUGGUUUGCAGAGGUGGAGAGGAGGGAAAGCAGUGAUUAAGAAGAGGGUUU